AUGAAGAAUGUUUUAAAUUCAGAUCACUUAAGUAAAGAUAACAACCAAUGUGAUGAAACAAGUCCCAAAAAAUGCUACAAACUUAUGAGCGUCGAUGAAAUCAUUAAUGGAAAGGAUGGCGAAUUUUCAGGCCUUAUACCGUUAAUUAACAAGUUUUUGGAUUCUGUGGACGUGGAUUUUGAUACUCGUUGCACGAUCAGUCACUAUCUUAAAUUCAUGUCCAAAAAGGCGUCAGGCGAGUACUUAACUACAGCACAAUGGAUGCGCGGUUUUGUAAUGAAUCAUGCCGACUACAAGCAAGAUUCGGUGGUUACAGAGAGUAUUGCAUAUGAUUUGGUGAAACUUUGUCAUGAAAUCAGCAACAAGGGACGACCUUGCCCUGAGCUGUUUGGAAAGCCAGAGACAAGAACUAGUCUAAAGGGACCAGAUUGCACGAUGAACGGUGACAAAAUGAAUGGAAAACCCAACGGCGUCGUCGCUUAG